AAGAGAGUGAAGAGGCAGGCAUGUUUCAACAGAUGGCUAGGUCUGUAUGAUUCAGCCACGGCGCCACACCGCUGCUGGUUCACUGGGAACUCUGGAACCACGUCAGGGAGAUAGAGACAGGGAGAGAGAGCGCUUGAGAGAGAAACGUAACUUUUGAGAGGGACUUCCUCUUUUUUCUUCAUUUUAAACUCCCCCUCUCCUUUCCCUCCUCCUGUCUCAGUGUGUCUAUAGGGCUUUUUUUUUUCUCUCUCUCUCCUUUAGCAUUGGAGAACGUGGUCAGUCAGCCUGUCAGGCAACAAGCUAAAGAGAGAGAGAGAGAAGGGGGAGCAGAGUUGGAGUAAAGCAGAGCAGGACGAGGACAGUUGGGCCGUACAAGAGAAGGGGACGGUGCAUGGUGAUGUGUGACUGAUGGUCCCAGCCCAGCUCCCCCUCCUCCAGCUCUACUGGGUCAGUACCUCUCCUCCAGCUCUACUGGGUCAGUACCCCUCCUCCAGCUCUACUGGGUCAGUACCCCUCCACCAGCGCUACUGGGUCAGUAUCCCGGGACAGACAGACAUUGUCAGGACCUGCGGCCGUAUGAGAGUGCAGUCAGGGGUCACUGGGGUCACCAAACAACGUGUAUACCUGUCCACCAUUAUCUAGACUCUGCUGUCAAGGAGCUGAGCACCGGCCGUGGCUGCUGCACCGUGAUCCAGCAUCAGCAGGGUCUUAGGUCACCAUGGCUGGGCGGGGGCUGCCCUCCACCGCCCCUUACCUCCUCCUGUUCCUGGGGGUCCUGUCGCUGGCACAAGCCUCUGUCUUCCUGUCCAGCCAGCGCCUCAAAGCCCGCUUCCAGAGGGACCGCCGCAACAUCCGGCCCAACAUCAUCCUCAUCCUGACGGAUGACCAGGACAUGGAGCUUGGCUCCAUGCAGGCCAUGAAUAAGACGCGUCGCAUCAUGGAGCAGGGAGGUACUCACUUCUCCAACGCCUUUGUGACCACGCCAAUGUGCUGUCCGUCUCGUUCGUCCAUGCUGACGGGGAAGUACGUCCACAACCACAACACCUACACCAACAACGAGAACUGCUCCUCCCCCUCCUGGCAGGCCCAGCAUGAGACCAGGACCUUCGGAGUAUACCUUAACAACACUGGCUACAGGACAGGCUUCUUUGGGAAGUACCUGAAUGAGUACAAUGGAUCUUAUAUUCCCCCCGGCUGGAGGGAGUGGGUGGGGCUGGUCAAGAACUCUCGCUUCUACAACUACACCCUGUGCAGGAACGGAGUCCGGGAGAAACACGGCUGUGAAUACCCCAAGGACUACUUUACAGAUCUCAUCACAGAGGACAGUAUCAACUAUUUCCGCUCCUCUAAGCGGAUGUACCCCCAUCGGCCAGUGAUGAUGGUCAUGAGUCACGCUGCCCCCCACGGGCCGGAGGACUCCGCCCCACAUUACAGCACAGCCUUCCCUAAUGCAUCCCAGCACAUCACUCCUAGUUACAACUAUGCUCCCAAUCCGGACAAGCACUGGAUCAUGCGUUACACCGGGGCCAUGAAGCCCAUCCACAUGGACUUCACCAACAUGCUACAGAGGAAGAGACUACAGACUCUGCUCUCUGUUGACGACAGUGUGGAGAAGGUGUACACCAUGCUGGCGGAGACUGGAGAACUGGACAACACCUACAUCAUCUACACAGCUGACCAUGGAUACCACAUUGGCCAGUUUGGUCUGGUCAAGGGCAAGUCCAUGCCCUACGAGUUUGACAUCCGAGUACCCUUUUACAUCCGAGGACCCAACGUGGAGGCAGGAGCCAUCAACCCUCACAUGGUGCUGAACAUUGACCUGGCACCCACCAUCCUGGACAUCGCUGGCAUGGAUGUCCCUCCUGACAUGGACGGCAAGUCCAUCCUCAAGCUGCUGGACAUAGAGAGACCAGUGAACAGGUUCCAGGUGAACAAGAAAGGGAAGCUGUGGAGAGACUCAUUUCUAGUGGAGAGGGGGAAGUUGCUCCACAUGCGUGAUGCUCCAGGGAAGGACAUGGCCCAGGAGGAGAACUUUCUGCCUAAGUACCAGCGGGUCAAGGACCUGUGUCAGAGAGCGGAGUAUCAGACACCCUGCCAACAACUGGGACAGAAGUGGCAGUGUGUAGAGGACGCCACGGGGAAGCUGAGGCUCCAUAAGUGUAAGGGUUUGGCCGGCAUGUCUGAAGCCAGGAUGGACAGCCUUGCCAACGUCAGGUCCAAGUACUUCCCUCAGCGCAAAGUGGAGUCCAACGCAAACGCCUGCAACUGUGACCAGUCCCCCUUCUUCAGACUCAGCGCCUUCAAGAAGAACAAGCUGCUAUCCAAGAAAAAGAUGAAAGCCAUCAAGAGCUACGCCGGUAACCGCUUCUCUCGCUCGGUGGAGAUGGAGAUAGGAGGGGACCUGUACGCUGUGGACCUCGAGGAUGGCUACCAGCCUGUACCGGCCCCCAGAAACCACAGCCAGACUGUUGCCCGGGUCAGGGCACCGGGGUCACGUGACGACACUGAGGACGACUUCAGUGGCAUGGGGGUCACCGUGAACCCCAAGACUAGCAGCAACAGCCUAGCCGCAGUGCCUUCUGGAAUCAAAGUCACACAUAGGUGCUCUAUCCUGGCCAAUGACACAGUCAAGUGUGAUACAGGGGUCUACAAGUCCCUACAGGCCUGGAAGGACCACAAACUCCACAUCGACCAUCAGAUUGAGACCCUUCAGACCAAGAUUAAGAACUUGAGAGAGGUCAGGGGUCAUCUGAAGAAGGCCCGUCCUGAGGAAUGUGACUGCAACCGUUACAUAUACAAAUCUAAGUACAAGAGUAAGCUGAGGCACAAAGGAGGAAACAUCCACCCAUUCAGGAAGGGUCAGGAUAAGGAUAAGAAGGCGUGGUUACUGAAGGAGCAGAAGAGAAGGAAAAAGAUGCGGAAGCUUCUGAAACGUCUGAAGAACAACGACACCUGCAGCAUGCCUGGCCUCACCUGCUUCACCCAUGACAACCAGCACUGGCAGACCGCCCCCUUCUGGACCAUGGGGCCGUUCUGUGCAUGUACCAGUGCCAAUAACAACACAUACUGGUGUCUGAGGACCAUCAACGAGACACACAACUUCCUCUUCUGUGAGUUUGCUACUGGUUUCCUGGAGUACUUUGACCUCAACACGGACCCCUACCAGCUGAUAAAUGCUGUGAACACGCUAGACCGCACCGUCCUUAACCAGCUCCACGUUCAGCUCAUGGAGCUCCGCAGCUGCAAGGGCCACAAGCAGUGCAACCCCCGCACUCGUAACCUGGAGCUGGGAGGUAAAGAGCGAAGCAGCUUUGAUGAAUACAGGCAGUUUCAACGCAGAAAGUGGCCAAAAGUGAAGAAGCCCACCUCCAAAUCACUAGGACAGAUCUGGGAAGGUUGGGAGGGAUAAGGGCCAGAUGAGGAGAGUGGCCCCGUCAGAAGCGCCCACUGCGCCAGGAGAGGGGACGGACUGGUCACAACUUGAACCCUUGUACAGACUUGAUGAGC